CUUGUCAGUUAUCGGAUCAGCACAACUACCCAGUUAAGCCCUUUCUUACACGUUUCCAAAAUGAAGUGUGUUGUUAUUUUCGCGCUUGCCGGUGCCGCUAUAGGUGUCAAUGGUGCGGCGACAACAACUUUCCCGCAGGCGAGCGGCGAAACUGCUCUGCCUACUCCCUUGGUCGUGUCCGGAUCUUUCGAUGGAGGAAUGAAGAGAUACAACAGAUUCCCCGACACUUGCCAGGGCCAGAAAGAGACGGACGAAGCCGCUGCCAUGUUCAUUGUUGAGGACGGAGGAAGCAUCUCCAACGUUGUCAUUGGCGCAGCACAAGGUGAAGGCAUUCACUGUCGAGGUGCUUGCACCCUGACAAACGUGUGGUGGGAAAAGGUCUGCGAAGAUGCCGCCACGUUCAAGCAGUCCGCAGGCAAGACCUCGUAUGUCAUCGGCGGCGGAGCUCGUGGAGCCUCGGACAAGGUGUUCCAGUUCAACGGCCGCGGAACCGUUUCGAUCAAGGACUUCUAUGCCGAGGAUUAUGGCAAGGUUAUCCGGAGCUGUGGCGACUGUACUGCCAACGGAGGACCUCGUCAUGUGAUUAUUGACGGCGUGGUCGCCAAAGACGGUGGGGUCUUGUGCGGAAUCAACACCAACUUCGGCGAUACCUGCAGAAUUUCGAACUCCUGUCAGGACAGCGGCAAGUCAUGCGACAGAUAUACUGGCGUUGUGAAAGGAAAUGGCAGCUCAAAGAAGAUCGGGAGUGGCCCGGAUGGUUCUUCAUGCUUCGUUACCAACUUUACAGAGACUUGCUCCAGUGGUAGCGGCGGCAACCCGACGACGACGACCAGGAAGACGACGACGACCAAGACCAGCACUAAGACGAGCACUAAGACCAGCACUAAGACCAGCACCCAGAGCACCCCGACCGGUGGCUCCGGCAGCGGUACUGUGCCCUUGUACGGCCAGUGUGGCGGGAAUGGGUACAACGGUCCGACAAAGUGCGCCCAGGGCACAUGCAAGUUUUCGAACGAGUGGUAUAGCCAGUGCCUUCCUUGAGAGUCAGGUGGAGAUGAAUUGGAUCUCCUGAAACGGGUUCAUUGAAGUGGACAUGCCAUGGGUCGAGGAUGGUCGGGGGCAUUAUUAUUAUUCCUACACCGCUGUGCCCUAGGGCGUGCCGGACCUUCAACAACUUACUAUAGAGGAAAACCGCGCCCUCAUGGGCCGGGUGAAAAACCCAUAUCGACAAUCAAGGAAACGAUCAGUGUGCGAUCCUGCAAAUACAAAGUGGGAAGGCCUCUUG